CGAUGCGUAUUGACGGUAUUGUAUUCUGCCGCAUCCAGAGCCUCGUUCCCUCCCCUCCAGUCCAGGCCUCCACUACACAUCCUCGAACUCCCCUCUUCGCCGUCGCUCCCCUCAGCGUCGCCGCCGUCCUCUGCCCGUGUGCCGCCGCCGCCUUCAUCCUCAUCCGCCUUCACGCCGCCGCCGCCGCCGUCCGUGUUCCCACACCGCUCCGGUAUUCCUCCUCGCCUCUGAGCGUCGUCUGCCCAAUCUCUGGAGUCGACAAGAUUGGUGGUGGCAACCGCUCCGUCUCACCGCCGUCGGCCGUCCUCCGCCACCCUCCCGCUGCCUCUCGUCGGUCCACCACUACGUCUAGGCGAUUUCCGCCUCGAUCUUGCUCGCCCGUAAGGUGUUCGAUGAAAUGCCGCCGUCGGGGCUUUUUCCUCGUCGAGCCCUUGCCGAGGGAGCCGGAGCGCUGGGCAGGUCACUCCCUCUUGUCGGCGGUGGUUCAUGGACGAGACUGGUACAUGGCGGCGGCGGGGGGUCUGAGGCGGAAGGCGAGGAGUUCCCGUACGCCGACGUGCCGCGGCCUGGGAGGAAGUGGGAGCGGAAGCCGUACGUGACGCCGAUGAAGGUCCUCAUCCGGCGGGCCAAGGAGGAGCGGCGCGCGCGGCGGGAGAACCCGUGCCGCGUGCUGGAGCGCCCGCCGGAGAACGGCCUCCUCGUGCCGGGCCUCGUCGGCGUCGCGCACCAGGUGCACGGCGCGUGGGAGAGCCUCCUCCGCGGGCUCACCAGGCUCGUCGAGGGCGGCGCCGUCGCCGUGAGGCGGUGCAGGUUCUGCCCGGAGGUGCACGUCGGCGGCGUCGGGCACGAGAUCCGGACGUGCGAGGGCCCCGGCAGCGCGGCGAGGAACGCGCUGCACGUGUGGCGGCCAGGCACGGCGCGGGACGUCGUCGGCUUCCCCUACUGCUACCACCUGUUCGACCGCGUCGGCAAGCCCAGGGUGUCGCACAAGGAGAAGUACGACGUCCCGAGGCUCCCGGCGAUCCUCGAGCUCUGCAUCCAGGCCGGCGUCGACGUCGAACGCUACCCGGCCAAGCGGCGCACACGCCCGGUAUACUCCAUCGAAGGGAGAAUCGUGGACUUUGAGCCAGACGACGACGAAGAUGACAGCGCCGACGACACAGGCCCAUCGCUGCCUUCUCUUGCCGCCGAUGAAGCCGGCAAGAUGGAGGAGGAGAUGACGGUGUGCGAGCUGGGUGCACGGACGCUGCAGUCGUGGCUGGACAUGCGCGCCGGCGCGGCGAGGCUGAUGGGCAAGUACGGCGUGGUGACGUGCGGCUACUGCCCGGAGGUGCAGGUCGGGCCGAAGGGGCACAAGGUGCGGAUGUGCAAGGCCAGCAAGCACCAGCAGCGGGACGGGCAGCACGCGUGGCAGGAGGCCACCGUCGACGACCUGGUCCGGCCCAACUACGUCUGGCACGUCCCCGCCACCGGCCAUGGUGGCGACGGCGGCGCCCCGCCGCUCGCCAACGAGCUGAAGAGAUACUACGGCAAGGCCCCCGCCGUGGUGGAGCUCUGCGUGCGCGCCGGCGCGCCCGUGCCCGCGCAGUACAGGAGCAUGAUGCGGCUCGACGUCGUGCCACCCGCCCGCGACGAGCACGACCUCGUCGCCUAGAGCACGCCGCCCGUGGCGCGCCGCACGGGGUUCGACACGAGAUGGGAUCAUGGGAAUGGCUCCUCGCCUGGCAAUGGCUCCUACCACUUACUACAUAUAUACAUCUAUAUACAUUGUGAAUGUUGCAAUAGUUAAAAUCCACAAAUGUGGGUUCCAUCUAUAUGGAUUACUUUAGCUAUAUACAUUGGUGUUGCCCUUGCAACCUGAGGAGAUCAUAUUCACUGCAACAGCAGAAAAGGACGCAUUCUUCUUGCGAAUUGCAAUAAGAUGAGAGGGGAUGGAAGGAAGAAACUUGUGGGCUGUUGUACUUGUGCCCACAUUUCUCCAAGUCAAUUAUUCGAGUUACUGCGGAGUGGAGAAACAUUCUGAAUGAUGCAUAUCGUUGUUGCUGCUGCUUCAGAAUUGGACAAACAUAAAUGAAGAAGUUUAUGGCAACUUUGAUUGAGAAUGAAGAGAUUCGAUCAGAUGAGGUUUUCUUGUUCUACCACAGUGGAUCUUGACAUCGACCUGAAAGUCAUGGCAAUUUUGAUUGAGGAGGAGCAAAUUUGAUCAGAUGAGUUCCUUUCUCUCCCUCUUUUGUUACCACGGAUUAACAUUUAAAACUACGACAUUGCUUUCUCAAGUACCAUAAAAUCACACUUAUUCCCAAGUGCAUUUCCAGCAGCCCGAGCACAGUGAACCCUGGAAUGGUGACCACCAGUUGCUCCUUUGCUUCCUUUGGAGGAGACACUCGCGGGCGCUGCUAGCACGACGGAGAUGGCCAUCUUGUUGGAAGGCAUAUAUAAUCCAGCUGAAGAGAUUUCGAGCUCGAGUUUUGGACGUGUGAGAAAAGGGAGAUGAGCAGUGCAACUUGUAUACGCCACAGAAUACGACGUCCUUGAUCUGCAAGUGUUCUUAAUUGGUGGUUUCUAUACUUUAUAUGGUUUUUGCCUAUGAUUUCAGCUAUAGCACCGUUGGUUUCUGUGGUUUUUGUCCAUGAUUUUCCGCGAGAACACCGUGCGUAUCCAGUGCACUAUGUUCAGAAAGUAAGCGACAGAGCCUGUGCAGAAGGGACAAGUAUGAGAACGUAUAUGCACUCCUAUGAGAACGUAUUCAAGGAGUGCAUAUUGGCGCAACAAUCUCCGCCGCCGCAGAUGCUUUGCUGAGGAGUUAUUUUUGUUGCAACUCCUAGUUUCUAGUAGCUUGGCUAAUAACCUGUAAUUGUACACUAAUACAAGGCAGGGAUCAUCAUUGCUUUGCUAUUCUCUUCGCCAAAAUCGUACGGAUACGCACUCUCAAUGUUUCAUUUCUA